AUGAUAUUUAUCAGUGAUUUACCAUCGAACAUGCCGAAACAACGUCUGCUCGAUGCAUUACGGAAAGUAUUUUCGACUGUUGGUAAAAUUAAAAUUAAUCAACAAACACAGGUAGCCUCUAUCGAUUUAUUUAGAAAAGAAGAUAACACAUCUCAAUUAAAUGUCACGGCAACGAUUACAUUUGAACAAGAAGAAUCGGUAAUGAAAGCAAUUGAAAAAUAUAAUGGAAAACGUGUACCGAUCUUCAACGAUGCUCAAAUUCGUGUCAAGAAAUCAGAAAUGACAACUGAAAGAACAUCAGCACGAACACCGCCAUCAGUGCUGCAAGAAGCGCCGUUACCACUAUCGCAAACCUCAGGUAAUAAACACUGGCAAAAGGAAAGACUGUUUAUGGUUUGGACUGCUAACAUUUAA